AUGCGACACACGCUCGUGGAAACGGUACAGACACACAUACCACCGCAUUUCCAAGAUGCCCAACACUCGUUAGCAAAUCACCGCAAGAACUGCGUGUCCUUGCUCAAGGUGCACAAGCAGUGUGCUCAAGUAACAGAGCAAACGGAGCGUGGCACGCGUCUGAUCGGUGAAAAGCUCUUCAAUGAGACUAUAUUUUCAUGCCUCAACCGUGCGCUUGCGUUGAAGAAGGGUGUCAAGUCUGCUGAUCGCAUUUGUAAGUUCGUUGCGACGUAUGCGGCCUAUGCCCAGGAGCAAUUUAAUGCUGGCGUCGAUGAUGAUAGCGAUACGACGGCCACUCGCUUUAUCGCGAUUCUUCUGAAGCAUUUGCUGAAAGGAUUUCGUGCGAAAGACAAAAACGUGCGUUUGCGGUGCUGUGGAUGCGUAGCGCUGCUCAUCAACUCCAUUGACAGCAUUGAUGAUGAUUUAUAUGAGACUCUCGUUAGUCUCUUAAUGGAGCGCCUCACUGACCGUGAAUCUGGUGUGCGUGUACAAGCCAUUGUGGCCCUCGCUCGCUUACAGUCUGAUGAAGAAGGUACAGACCAACAAACUCUGCGUCUCCUUUUGCAUCGGUUGAGACACGAUGCCAGCGCUGAAGUGCGACGUGCCGCUUUGUUCAAUAUCACACCAACAACGGCUACCCUGCCGUACUUAUUAGAGCGUCUACAAGAUGUGGACACUACCAACAGGCGAUGCGUCUACUUGGGCUCGCUUAAAAUGCUCGUCGAUGCACAGCCUUUACUGGCCCGCGACGAUGGCGCAAGUGUACGCGCAAGCUUAGGCUUGGGCGAAGUCUCACUUAGCGAAGUGAUUCGCGUGGGUCUACAUGAACGUGAUGCUAGCGUGCAAAAAGCCGCACGGAAACUCGUGGCGUAUUGGCUAGAGGCUAUGGGCGGCGAUAUACUCACUUUGUUGGAACAUUUGCAUGUGAGUCGGACAGAGAAUGGUGAACCAGUCGUGCUGGCUCUCUUGGAAGAGUCACAGGAAGUCCGCACCACUGUGCAGGCCUUGUUGGAAGACCACAUGUCAUAUUGGGCAGCGAUGACGCCUGCCAAGGCCUUGCUAGCACGUUGCUUUGUGCUGUACAGUACAACGCAUCAUAUGGAACGAGCACUCGAGUCGUGCAUUCCUGUGGUCACGGCGCUGGUCUUUCGUAUUCAGGCAGAGUACGAAGCGCUGAGUCAGUCUCUCGAACAACAGGCCAUGGAAGAAGCAGAGGAAGAUGAUGGUGAUGGCCUGCCUAUGGUCCAGGACGACCUCGCACUCUCUCGGGUGUUUACUGUUAACGAGAUGUUGACACUUGCCAUGUACUGCGAUUAUGGCGAUGAGAUGGGCCGUCGAAAAAUGUACAUGCUGGUCCGUGAAAUGCUUGGCAAUGCAUGGCUUCCUUCCAAACUUGUGCCACGAUGCCUUGAUGUGCUGCUCCGUUUAUCAAGUGGGCAACGUGACUUUCUGCAGCUGGUCGUCGAGCUGGUUCAGUCUCUCGAAGCGGAUAUCGAUGAGGACAUGGCUCCUAUGGCCAACGAGGGGGAGGAUGGAGUUGCUAUUGCUGAUACGUCCACCACAAGGCAGGCGCUGUCAUGGCACCAGCGCGUGGUCGACGACGCGUCGCCAGCCCAGGCGGCACACAUGGCCGAGUUGGAGGCUCGUCGAUUGUUGAUUGUACGCUCGAUGCUAGAGCGGUUGUCGUGCUCCUUACAAGGAGACGCGACCUUGGAAGGUCUAAUCCAGGAACUGAUUGUGCCUACCGUCCAGAGCAAAGAUGCGAUGUUACGUGAACAAGGCUUGGUAUGCCUUGGUCUCUGUUCCUUGCUGGAUCCCAAAACGGCGUUGGUCACCUUUCCUCUCCUUCUAAGUCAGAUCCAACGUGCGCAAGGCACAAUUCGUGUGCGAUGUGUGGAGUGUCUUUUUGACUUGACCGUCAUGCACGGCAUCGAUAUGCUAUGUGCACAAAGUGCGGAAGUCGCAGCGCAAAACGAGUUCAACGGUGACGAAGAACAAGGUCUGCAGUAUGCACGACAGCAAAUGAUUGGAUUCCUGCUAAGUUUACUAGAGCAUGAUGAUCCGCAAGUGCAAGCAACAGCAAGUGAAGGUAUUUCCAAGCUGUUAUUGACAGGCGUGCUGUUCGAUGACGACGUCUUGAAGAGUUUGGUCCUGACGUACAUGAGCCCAGACACGGCAGACAACCAAGCCCUGCGGCAAUGCCUUAGUUACUUCCUCCCGCUCUUUUGCAGUUCGGAUGUGCGUCAUCAACAUAUGAUCCAGCGUGUCUUUGUCGAUGUACUCGAUGUAUUGUCGAGUGUAUACGAGGACCCUGAUGCGCAGCUGCACAUGGUCACUCCGACGCAAAUCGUUCUUCAGCUUCUCGACUGGACGAACCCUGAACGACUAUUACUGUCACAACCAGAUGACAUGAUCCAUAUUGACAUGGCGAUUGAUGCCCUGCGGCAUGGCUUGACGUCGACGCGGCGCGAUGAACGGAAGGCCAUUGUCGCCAUGCUAUCGAAGCUCACUUGGCCGACAACAAUCGAUACUUCUCGUGCGACACAGCUUGCCUUGCUGGCAGACGCCCUUCAAUUGCGGGCCUACGAUGCCACGACGCGCAAUGCCAUUGCGCGCUUUAUCAGUGCACUACAAAAGCAUGCACCGUCUGAGCGCGAUGAGGCCACAGCAGAGGACCUUCGUGCAUGGAUCGCGACGCUACCGCCUCCACCACCUUCUCUGGUCACGCAGACGCAUGCGAGAGCACCUGCCCAUGCCUCCGCGUCCCACCGCCGUUCUGUGAGUGUCGCUAGCACGGCUAUGAGUGAACGUGAUAGUGAUAUGGAAGAAGACGCCGUGACGCCCAUGGAAUACGUGGAUGAAGAUGAUGAAGAUGAGCUUGCUCUGUAA